AGAGAGUGCGAUCUCUGUUACAUAAAUAUGUUGACGAUCAACUUGGACAGAUGGAAUUGUAAAACAUGAUAUGAGGAAUAUAUAUACUCCUAGUAUUUGUUUAAAAAGGACAAUAGACUAUAUGACUAUAUUUCAAACAUUGCGACCAUAUGACAUUAAUAAGAGGAAAAUAUACUCCUAAUAUUUGUAUAAAAAGGCCAAUGGAGAUUUUGACUAUAUUCUAAAUAAUACGACCAUAUGAAAUUAAUUUGAGGAAUAUAUACUCCUAAUAUUUGUAUAAAAGGACAAUGGAUAAUUGGACUAUAGUUCAAACAUUACGACCACAUGAAAUUAAUCUGACAGUUCCUAUGCUUCAACCAUUAGAAAUAAAUAAAUAUGAGAUGUGCAAAGUUAGUUCAGACGAUAAUGUUACUGUUUCACUGCUAGCUAAAUAUGAUUCGAUAAUAUCUGACGAAAAUCUUGAUGUCAUACGAAAUGUUUUUGGGUUAUAUUUACUUCUACCUGUGUCAGUGUGUGGAAUAAUUGGUAAUGUGAUAAGUGUAUCAUUAUUGUGCCAUUGGAAAAAGAAAACGGCUAGCAUUUACUGCUUAUUAGCGUUGGCUAUCUCGGAUUUGCUACUGUUGCUAAAUGCAGUGCUAUUUGCAUCAAUCAUUAUUUACAUAAACGUAGAUCCAUUGGAUGGAAACAACUUUCGAAGCACUCUUUUCCCUUACUUAGGAAUGUAUACAAGUUUGGUGACUGCUCGGAUAACCUCUUUAAUCACUACAUUAAUCAGCAUCGAAAGAUUUGUGGCUGUUCAUUUCCCAAUGAGAGCAAAACUUAUAUGCAGCAAAAAAUCAACUUGUAUUGCUAUUUCAAUUAUUUACAUAUUUACUAUUGUAGCAUUCAUUCCAUUUAUUUUCAAAUAUAAUGUUGUCUAUACAAACAAAGACAAUACGUCAUAUACAGUUGUUGCUAGAAAUCCAGAUAUCAGUGCAAAGUUUUGCAGAUUCUACGGAAUUAUUUUGAAUUCGAUUUUCAGAUUUUUACCAGUUAUACUGAUUCUACUUUUAAAUAUUUCAAUUAUGUUGGCAGUUAAGAAAACGGCUAGGAAAAGAGAAUCUUUGCGAUCUGAAAAGAAGCCAACUCACAACCAGGAACAAGAGCAAAGAAAAGUUACCACUAUGCUCCUUAUCGUUUCAUUUACAUUCCUCAUUUGCAUAUUACCAGGAGCUAUAAAUAGCUUUCUACAGACAACAUGGAAAGGUUAUUCUCGAUUAGGCAGAUCGAAAAACUUUCAACAAUUUCUAUCUUAUAUCACAUUUUUCUUAGAAGUACUUAACUCGGCCAUUAACUUUAUAAUAUAUAUGGCAAUGAGUGCUAAGUUUUUAAACGUGUUUAAAGAGAUGUUUCACUCUACAAAACAAUGCAUGAAACAUGCAUUUUUCAAAAGAAAUACGAUGUCUUCCGAUUUUCAUCAAAGGUCUACUAUAUCAAUAUCUCGGAAGUCAAGUUUUUCUUAUACAGAAGAACCAUUACCGCAAAACAUUAUUAACUUACGUCAAGAAUAUGAAGCAUCCAGAUACCCAAUCAAUCAUUCAAAGGAUGACGAAAGUGUCAAUCAAAAUGGCCGUAAUGAAGUCAAUGAAAUAUACCCAUUACUUACCAGUACAACUUAUGACAGUUAUGUCAAAGGAAAUUCUGAUAAAAAGACUAAUAUUCAAAAGGGAGUUCCUCCAAUAGACACAGAGAGUUCUAAAACGAAAUAUCCACGGUUGGUUAAGCAAGAUACUCUAGAAACCAGUCUGGGCGAGUGAUAAAACCGGGUUUAUAGUAGAUAUAUUUUUAAAUAAUGGUUUGUAUUAAUAAAUAUCAUUUUGGAAAAGAAAAAUUCUUAAAUUCUAGUUU